GUAAUGUCAAUUUGCAUGGCGCGUCGAAUUUUCGCCAAUCACUGCCGUAUUGCAGGCAAUAAUAGUUUAUUUACAAAACGAUUUCAUAAUUCAUUUAUUGUGAACCGUAGUCCUACAAGUCUUCAUUCUGCCUUAGUGACUUUGUGCGUCUGCGCAUCCACCUCCACCUCGCCCACCAACAUGAGCUUCGAUUACCCGGCGGCGCGGCGGGACGAGACCGUCGUCGACGAUUACCAUGGCAUAAAGAUAAAAGACCCGUACCGGUGGCUCGAGGACCCCGACUCUGAGGAGACGAAGGCAUUUAUAGAGGCUCAGAACAACAUCACGCGGCCGUACCUAGACGCGUGCCCCGUCAAGAGCGAGAUCAACUCGCGCCUCACAGAGCUGUGGAACUACACCAAGUACUCGUGCCCCUUCCGACGCGGCGACAGAUAUUUCUUUUUCAAAAACACCGGCCUGCAGAACCAACACGUGCUGUACGUGCAGGACAGCCUGCGCGGCGCCGCGCGCGUGUUCCUGGACCCCAACGCGCUGUCGCCCGACGGCACCGUGGCGCUGUCCGGCGGACACUUCACCGACGACGGCGCCACCUACGCCUACGGGCUGGCCGCCUCCGGCUCCGACUGGAUCACCAUACACUUCAAGGAUGUCGCCACAGGUGAAGAUUAUCCAGAAGUUUUAGAGAAAGUCAAAUUCGCGUCCAUGUCGUGGACCAAAGACAACAAGGGGCUAUUCUACACUCGCUACCCGGCGGCGGGCGGGCGCGCGGACGGCUCCGAGACGGCGCUCAACCGCGACCAGAAGCUGUGCUACCACCGCCUGGGCACGCCGCAGGAGCAAGACGUGCUCGCCGUCGAGUUCGUCGACGAGCCGCUCUGGAGGAUCGGCGCGGAGGUGUCCGACUGCGGGCGGUACCUGAUCGUGUCCCCCGUGCGGGACUGCCGCGACAACCUCCUGUACUACGCCGACCUCACGCGACAUCCGCCCCACACGCCGCACCUGCCGCUCACGCAGAUCGUGCACAACUUCGAGGCCGACUACGAGUACGUGACUAACGAGGGCUCCGUGUGCAUAUUCCGCACGAACAAGAACGCGUCCAACUACAGACUGAUUCAGAUCGACCUCGAAAACCCCGCCGAGGAAAACUGGACGACGCUAGUGCCGGAGCACGAGCGGGACGUGCUGCGCUGGGCCGCGGCCGUGGGCGGGGACAAGCUCGUGCUGCACUACGUGCGGGACGUGAAGAGCGUGCUGCAGCUGCACCGCGCGCGGGACGGGGCGCUGCUGCGCGAGUUGCCGCUGGACAAGGGCGCGGUGGGGGGCUUCUCGGGCAGGAAGAACCAGACCGAGAUAUUCUACCAGCUCACCUCCUUCCUCACGCCGGGCAUCAUCUACCACGUCGACCUCGCGGACCCGUCCUACGAGCCCACGGUGUUCAGGGAGGUGGAGGUGAAGGGUUUCGACGCGUCGCAGUACGAGGUCGAGCAGAUAUUCUACAGCAGCAAGGACGGCACCGAGAUCCCCAUGUUCAUAGUCUCCAAGAAGGGCCUGCCGCGGGAUGGGUGUGCGCCGGCGCUGGUGUACGGGUACGGCGGGUUCAACAUCAACGUGCAGCCCAGCUUCAGCGUCACCAGGCUCGUGUUCAUGCAACACUUCAACGGGGUCGUCGCCAUCCCCAACAUACGGGGCGGAGGGGAGUACGGGGAGCGGUGGCACAACGCCGGGCGGCUGCUGAACAAGCAGAACGUGUUCGACGACUUCCAGGCGGCGGCCGAGUACCUGCUGCGGGAGGGGUACACGCGCGCCCCCCUCCUCACCAUCCAGGGGGGCUCCAACGGGGGGCUGCUGGUGGCCGCCUGCUGCAACCAACGGCCCGACCUCUACGGGGCCGCCAUCGUGCAGGUCGGCGUGCUGGACAUGCUGCGGUUCCAGAAGUUCACCAUCGGGCACGCGUGGGUCUCCGACUACGGCAGCUCCGACGACGAGGCGCAGUUCCACUACCUGCUGCGGUACUCGCCCCUCCACAACCUGCCCGCGCCCGCGCCCGCUGAAGAGGGGGGCGGGUUCCGGUACCCGGCGACGCUGGUGCUGACGGCCGACCACGACGACCGCGUGGUGCCGCUGCACUCGCUCAAGUACAUCGCCGCGCUGCAGCACCGCGCCGCCGCCGCCCGGCCCGCCCCGGCAGUACAGCCCGGGCAGCCCGAGCCGCCCCGGCAGCCGCCGCUGCUGGCGCGCGUGGACACCAAGGCCGGCCAUGGCAGCGGCAAGCCCACCGCCAAGAUCAUCGAGGAGCACACGGACAUCCUGUGCUUCAUGACGCAGGCGCUGGGGCUCCGGUUCGUGAAGUGAGCCUGCCCCGACCGGCGCGGGACUACGGCAUAGUAUUAUGUGAACCGACCACGAUCGCCGACCGCAGCCCGACGAUUACCUCUGGGUCUCCAACGAGACCGGUGAUAUAUUGUUACGCAUCGCUCCUAUUUUUUAUAAAUAAAAUCUUUGUUU